AUGGAGUACAUUAAACAGUACAAAUGGGACCCUCGCCUCGAACCUUUCGUUCGAAGGUCAUGGGAGGAAAAAGCCGCAAAGCGCUAUGCAGAUAUGCUUUUCAAAUGGCGCAGGACGUUGAAAAGCGAGCCUGAAUUUAAACCUCCUUCCAUCAAUAAUGAGACCUGGGCGCGAUGGAAGGCUGAUUGGAAACGCCCAGAUAAUAAAGCCGUUUCGGCUAGCAAUUCCUCCAAUAGACAUGGAGGAAAAGACAAAGCUGAAGCCACCCAUAUAGGUGGCUCAAUCCCGCACGCCAGAACAAUGCGGGAUUUGGAACAAUCAAAAGGUCAAAGACCCACAGCUUACGAAAUAUUUACACGAACACAUGGGGUCUUUGACAAUGAAAUAGGGGAUUGUUCCCAAUGGACGAAUAGCAAGUGA